GACUACUUUUAUCGGCUUGUGGUAAUCAACAAAUAUUUACUACGACAGUAAUCCAAUUCGCGUAGUGGUGGCCUCGCGAAAUGACCUCAAAUAAAAUGAAGAGCAAAAAAUUUAUUUUUGUUAGAAAUUUUGAUGGAAUACCGAAGGAAGAAGAUUUUAAAUUGGUGGAAGAAGUAAUUCUUGAUCUUCAACAAGGAGAAUUUUUAGCUAAAGCUAUUUAUUUAAGUAUCGAUCCUUAUAUGAGAGCUUAUAGCAGUAGAAUAAGAUUAGGUGAAACCAUGAUUGGAAGUCAAGUAGCAAUAAUAAUUGAAUCUAAAAAUGAAAAUUUCCCCACCGGAAGUUACGUAUUAGGACAAUUUGGUUGGACAACUCACUUUAUUUCCAACGGAACAGCUCAAGACGUUACUCUUUACCCACCUUAUUUAAUUGAAAAAGACGAACAAAUCUCUUUAUCUUUAUAUUUAGGCGCAUUAGGUCGAACAGGAAAUUCCGCUUAUUUCGGUUUCUUAGAGCUGUGCAAACCAAGAUCUGGUGAAACGGUUGUGAUAAGUGGUGCUGCGGGGGCCGUCGGAAGUCACGUAGGACAAAUCGCUAAAAUGAAAGGAUGUUAUGUUAUUGCAAUAGCGGGAAAUCAAGAGAAAUUAAAUUGGUUAAAAAGCUUGGGAUUUGAUUAUGUUAUUAAUUAUAAAUUGGAUAAUAUUCGGAGUGAACUGACAAAAGCGGCACCAAGGGGAAUCGAUUGUUAUUUUGAUAAUGUUGGAGGUGAAAUAAGUAGCGUGAUAAUGCAACACAUGAACAGGUAUGGACGCAUUGCAGUCUGUGGAUCAAUAUCCUCCUACAAUUCCAACGCAACUGAUAUGCCAAAGGCAACAAUUUUACAACCAACAAUAGUUUUUAAUGAGUUAACUGUCACUGGUUUUAUAGUGAAGACAUGGUUGAAUCGUUGGAAUGAGGGUAUUGAACAAAACGCGAAAUGGAUAAAAGAAGGGAAAUUAAAGUGUAGAGAAACAAUAAUUGAUGGUUUUGAAAAUAUGCCCAAGGCGUUUAUCAAUAUGUUAAACGGUGGUAAUUUCGGAAAAUCAAUAGUUAAAGUUUAAAAAUGUGUUUUUUAAUUGAAAAUAAAUUCAUUUAAACAAU